AUGAUGAUGAUACACAUCUCCUCCGUUUCGCCGAUGCUGCUUGCUAUCCCACUUGUACUAUUUUUAACAUCCUUCAUUUGGGGCAGCCGAGUAUUGUCGGCCAAGAAAAGUGCAGCAGCAGCAGCACCACCAGGGCCAUGGAAGCUGCCCAUCAUUGGGAACCUCCAUCAGCUGAUGUUCAGUCGAGUUCCAGCUCUCCACAUCCGUCUGAGGGAAUUGGCUCAGAGAUACGGGCCCGUGAUGAGCCUGCAGAUCGGGGAGAUGCGGAAGAUCUGCAUCGUGGAGCUGCUCAGCGCAAGGCGCGUUGCUUCGUUCCGCUCUGUCAGGGAGGAGGAGGUCUCCACUCUUAUCUCCCGCAUUCGUGCCGCUGCUGCUGCGAGGGAUGAGGAAGGCGUCGAUCUCAGGGAGAUGCUAUUUUCCUUCACUAGCAACGUGACUUACAGGUCAGCUUUUGGCACGCUGCAGAAGACGGAUAAGGAAACAUUCAUGGCGGUUGUUGAGCGGAUUGCGGAGGCACUUGGAGGUUUUGGAUUGUCAGAUCUUUUCCCUUCCCUCAAAUUCAUCCCCGUCAUUACAGGCUAUCAAGCCAAGCUCAUGACACUUCAUCAGAGAGCAGAUUCAUUGCUUGAGAAGAUCAUCGAAAAACACAGAGUCAAAGCAGAUAGAAAACGACAACAACAUAGUGAUGAUGAUGAUGAUGAUGAUGAAAUAGAAGACAUUGUGGACAUUCUACUCAAUCUUCAACGGACUGGGGGCCUCCAACUUCCCUUAACAACUGACGACAUCAAAGCCGUCAUUCUUGAUGUUUUCAUUGGUGCACUUCAACACAUAGAUUUGACGAAACAGUCUGGACUCUCCAUCUCAAGUAAACAAUUACUACGCCUAAUCCCUACUACAGCUAGCAAUUGA